AUGAGUAAACUGUACUUUUCAAAUAUGGCUGCGGUUGUUGAAUGUGAAAUUUUCCAACGGAAGAAGUGCAGCUUCAAGCCACUUGGGUUAAAUUUGGGAAAGCUGAUCCGACUCCAUGUGGCUCAAGAAAUGAAGCGAAAUUCGAAAACGGUCAGAUUCUCCGGCGAAUACGGCGACAGCGGCGGCGGAAUGCCGACGUCGUGGAGCUCGGAGAGAGUAGCGAAUCCUAAUGUUAGGAGGCAUGUUGGUGGUGCUGCAUUGAUGCCUUUCAACAGUUUGAGGGCGUUGCCUUCGAAAUGGGACGACGCUGAGCGGUGGAUCACUAGCCCGGUUUCGAGCUACGGGGCCUCCGCUCAGAUUCUGCGGCGGCCCAAAGCCAAGAGUGGGCCCAUGGGGCCCACUAAUGGUGUGAUUCUGCCUCAUGAUGAAAAACCCGAUGGCGCUGCAAAGAAGGAAUCUCCGAUUUCAGAUUUUAAACAUAAGGACAUGAAAACUCAGAUCAACCCUGAUGGGAAUGUGAGGCUCUCCUUCUCUGCAUCACCUUCCUUAGGUCCGGCUUCAUUGCACCAGAACGACGUUCCUGCUUCUAAAGACGAAGUUCGAGAUGUCCAAGUUGACAAAGGCGUCGCUACAGCCGGGCAUCCCAAGAAGCAAGAAGUAAUAAAGGUGAAGGACUUGAUUCAUAUCCAAAACAUGUCUUCACCUUGGAAUGCAGCAGAGGAUUCAAAAGAGACAUCAAAGUUGCAAAGAGAGGACAUGAAAAUCACUGCUUGGGAGAACUUGCAGAAGGCGAAAGCUGAGGCAGCAGUUCGGGAACUUGAGGUGAAACUAGAGAAGAAGAAAUCAGCAUCCAUGGACAAAAUCAUGAACAAGCUGAGAGCCUCUAAGAUGGAAGCUCAAGCCAAGAGAAACUUGUUGUUGGAGAAGGACACACCAAAAGCUCGAACGUCGCGGUCUCAUGGAGGACUUGGAGUCUCUAAAUACAACUGCUUUCUCUGGCGUAUGAAUUAGUUUGUUGCAAGAUCUUCUCAAACUUAAUUAGCUCUCUUUAGUCUUUAAGCCAAAAUGAUAUACAUAUAUAGAGCAGCCUUGAGCUGGUUAAGUGAGCAGGAAUUGUUUCUAUUUUAUGUACAAUAAUAGUUCAAUUUGGCAGAAAAAUUGAGCCACAUUUCAUUUGAUAUCUAAUAUAUGAAGACUUUGGGGAAUCUAAUACUGCAGGUAUUAGCUAAUAAAAAACUUGAAUUGUCUUUGAACAAA